UGGCUUGUCAGAAACCUUGGUCAAAGGCAGACCAAUGAAUUUCUGAAACUACCCAUAACUCAAAACCGCUCAAAGCUUCCAUUUCACAAUAACCGGUCAUUCUUGCAAACGGUAGAUGAACUUCCACAUGGUCCAGCAUGGAGUUGUAAGAAGGUUACUGUGUGUGGUAACCAUGAGGAUGAGAAUGGAAAGUUGUUACAAGAAGAGGUGGAAUUAUGGAGUUGGGAUCUAGUUGAAUGCAUGAAGGAGCUGAUUGGGAACCCUUCUUUCAAGGCAGAUAUUGCCUACAGCCCAGCCAGAGCUUAUUCUGACCGUGCAGGGGAGCAUCGAAUUAUCGACAAAAUGUGGAUGGCAGACUGGUGGGCUGAGAAACAGGUA